GCCUGGCGGCCAUCUUGGGUAUUUCUAGAGGGUACUAGCACAGUUCACAUUGUUGAAAGUGAUACAGUAAACCACGCGAAGGGAUCGAUUAAAAGAUCAAACUGGAAGUGUCUGGUGUUAAACUAAUAGUGUGCCUGUGGUCCUGUUGAUAGGAAGGGCUCAGCAGUGCCUGGGUGCCCAGGGAGCCACUGCCUGAGUCCCUAGAGGUAGACACCAAACCACAGGACAUGAGUGCCGCCAAAGAAGGCCUGGUCAUCUUCACGGCCAACUCCAACCCUUCCAGCAGAGAGCUGGGGAGGAGGAUAGCCGAGCGGUUGGGUGUGGAGCUUGGAAAGGUGCAGGUCUAUCAAGAAGCUAACAGAGAAACACGGGUCCAAAUUGAAGAGUCUGUGCGCAGCGAAGAUGUUUUCAUCAUCCAAACUGUGUCCAAGGAUGUUAACACCACCAUCAUGGAGCUGCUCAUUAUGGUGUAUGCCUGCAGGACAUCCUGUGCCCGAAACAUCAUCGGCGUCAUUCCCUAUUUCCCCUACAGCAAACAGUGCAAAAUGAGGAAGAGAGGCUCCAUCGUCUCUAAACUACUUGCCUCAAUGAUGUGUAAAGCAGGUCUGACUCAUCUCAUUACUAUGGAUUUGCAUCAAAAGGAAAUCCAGGGUUUCUUCAACAUUCCAGUGGACAAUCUCCGGGCCUCACCAUUCCUGCUGCAGUACAUCCAGGAAGAAAUUCCUGACUACAGAAAUGCUGUAAUUGUGGCCAAAUCUCCAGCAUCAGCCAAAAGGGCCCAGUCGUUUGCUGAAAGGUUGCGGCUGGGCAUCGCUGUGAUCCACGGUGAAGCCCAGGACGCUGAAUCUGACCUGGUGGAUGGACGUCAUUCCCCUCCCGCUGUCAAAAACAUCGGCGCCAUCCAUCCAAGCCUAGAGAUACCAUUGCUAAUUCCCAAAGAAAAACCCCCAAUAACUGUGGUCGGAGAUGUAGGUGGACGAAUUGCCAUCAUAGUGGAUGACAUCAUUGACGAUGUUGACAGUUUUCUAGCAGCAGCCGAAACACUGAAAGAAAGAGGCGCUUACAAGAUCUUUGUCAUGGCUACACAUGGAAUCCUCUCCUCAGAUGCCCCUCGGCUAAUAGAGGAGUCUGCCAUAGAUGAGGUGGUUGUCACCAACACCAUUCCACACGAGAUCCAAAAACUCCAGUGUCCCAAGAUCAAGACAGUGGAUAUCAGCAUGAUCCUGUCAGAAGCCAUUCACCGCAUCCACAAUGGAGAAUCCAUGUCUUACCUGUUCCGUAAUAUUGGCAUGGAUGACUAACAGGCUCUUGUACAGUCAGUCAUAUCGUGCGCAGAGGUCAAGACAUUUUCUGUCCCUAUUGUAUCAUUACCAGUUUUUCCUUUAACUCCAUAACUCCUUCUCCUUGUUGUAUGUGUUAUAUUUUGAAAAAAUAACUGCGCUCAAAGAACCAGGAUGUUCUGUAAUGCUUUGUGAGUUCAGUGCCCUAAAAUGCUGAUGUUCAGAGGAUUGAAGUGCUGGGAUACUCCACCUCUUGAUCAGAAAUAUUGGCACUUUUAUUUAAGCUUUGAAGUACCAGAUUUAAAAGAAAAGAAGGACCACUGGAUGUUAAAAUUAUGUCUUCAGUUCUUUUAAUCGUAGAUCUGCUCUAUUUGCCUUUUUAUUUUUAUUUAUUUUUUUAUUUAAUUA